UUUUUUUUUUUUUUUUUUUUUUUUUUUUUUUUAGUAGUAGUAUAUCAAGAGUUUGCCUGUAAGUAUAAAUUGGUGGGAAAGUAAUCACAGAAAUAGGUAGGAACUUAUAUUUUUUGUUAUUGGUAGAAAUACACCGAUACUAUGGCACAUUUAACCGACCUUGCCUCUCGAUUACGCUACCGUGAUCAGGAACAUGAGGAUCGAUAUAUAAAGGCUCACAAAGGGAAGGUUCCUGAAGGUCUACUUGAUGAACUGUUUGUGUCGGGAAAGACAGAAGAUAUUUUGACGGGACUAUUGGAAGUAGUAGAACCAACUUGCUACUUGUGCGGUACUGAUUUGACGUGGUUGCCGAACCAAGGUAUCCUCGGUGGCUCUCUCCAACGAAUCAAUCCAAAUUAUGGUUAUGUAUCCUGGAAUGUAGUAAGCUCCUGCCGCCCAUGCAACUUCCUCAUGAAUGACCGUAUGCCCGAUGCUCAACUGGAAUUGCUGGGAAUUUUGUUAGAAGAGAAGGGUGAUUAUUCAGAUGGGGCGUUGACGGAAGAAGACAUACAACAUUUGACCGAUAGACACAAGGCUAUGAAGGCCCGCUCUUUGAAACGUGGUUUGCCGUGCAUGACGCUUUCACAGCUUUUGAAGGUGGCAACCGACAACAAGAAAAUCUGUUGCAUACCUGGUGUGUGGGGUGAAUGGACCAUCAAUUCUUCGCUCUUUUUUAUCAGUUGACAGAACCGAUUCCUCAAAGGGGUAUGAAGUAGACAAUAUCGGAAUAAGGGCUCGUUUGUAUGAAUUUGGCGAAGAACAUAGAGGAUUUCAAGACCUGGUUCGCCAAUUUGAAAGAUCAUCAUGAAGUGGCAAUGGAUCAAGAAUACUAUCGAUAAUCACAUCAACAUAUCCUCCUUCAUGAGGUAGCUUAGAUCAAUUCGUCCUGGAUUACGUUGGAUCAUUCUUUUAGACAAAGUUCCUAAAUAAACUCAGGUAAAGAAAAUGAAAAAAUUGAAUAAAGAAAUUUGUUAACUGAAUAUCCACUUUCUAUCAUAGCCGCACGAUUUGUCAAGUACAGCAGCACUUCCAGAAAU